GCAGUUCCGUCUCCUCUUGAGUGUUACCUCUGCAAUCGUGGUCUGAAGACUCUACAAGUCCGAAUGGAGAAGCAUUUUGAAAAUGGAAUGGCAGUUGCUCAGUUUCUGGAGUCUAAUCCUCGGGUAGAAAAGGUUAUUUAUCCUGGGCUGCCCUCUCAUCCGCAGCACGAGUUGGCAAAGCGUCAGUGCACAGGUUGCCCAGGGAUGGUCACCUUUUAUAUUAAGGGCACUCUGCAGCACGCCGAGACUUUCCUCAAGAACCUAAAGGUAUUUAACCUGGCUGAGAGCUUGGGAGGACUCGAAAGUCUUGCUGAGCUUCCGGCAAUCAUGACCCAUUCAUCAGUGCCUAAGAGUGACAGAGAUGUCCUGGGAAUUAGUGACACACUGAUUCGACUAUCUGUGGGGUUAGAGGAUAAAAAAGACCUACUGGAAGAUCUAGAUCAAGCUUUGAAGGCAGCGCACGCUCCAAAUGCAAGUCACAACUAGCAUCCCAGACCUGCUGUUAGAAGCUGCUUCCUGAGAAGAUCAGAUCUUCUGAAUAAUUGGAUGGACCGUUAAGGAACCUUUGCAGAAUUUUCAAGUGAAAAUGUUAAGGCACCUCAUUACCUUCCACGACUGUAACCUUCCAGGGAGCAUCCCUGUUAGAAACAGGUUCUCUGUUUCCCUUAUUGCCAGCACAUCAAUUGUGUUAAUAUCUUUUAUUACUUUUGGUGUACCUUUGCCUCUGAAGGAGGUGAGAUUUGUGCUGCGUUUGGGGAUCAUGUUCUUUUUUUCAUAGCUUAAGAUUUAUAUUGAUCAUAUUUACAAUAUAAUGGCAAUUCAUUUUUGAUGUUUUCUGAAGAAUUUAAAUUAUUAAAUGAAUGUUCACAAAUCAAGUGUGAUUUUUGCAUAUUGUUGAAAACAGCACUUAAAGCAAUGGUUUACACUUAAUUACGGUAAGCCAAAAAUCAAAUUCUUCAUUUAGCCAAAACAUCUGCUGUGACAUUCUGCUGAUUUAAGGUUGUACUUACUACUUUUUAAAACAAUAAAUCUAAUUAUCAAAUGCA